UUCACCCGUUCCAGGUGUAUGAAGCAAUCGAUAGCAGGGACGGAACGUCGUGUGCUGAGCUGGUGUCUUUUAAGCAUCCUCAUGUUGCAAACCCGCGGCUUCAGAUGGCCUCUCCAGAGGAGAAGUGUCAGCAAGUCUUGGAACCGCCGUAUGAUGAGAUGUUUGCAGCUCAUUUGAGGUGCACGUACGCGGUGGGGAACCACGACUUCAUAGAGGCCUACAAAUGCCAGACCGUGAUCGUCCAAUCAUUCCUGCGGGCGUUCCAGGCCCACAAAGAGGAAAACUGGGCUCUGCCUGUCAUGUAUGCGGUGGCGCUUGACCUUCGAGUAUUUGCCAAUAACGCAGAUCAGCAGUUGGUCAAGAAGGGAAGAAGUAAAGUCGGGGACAUGUUGGAAAAGGCGGCAGAACUGCUGAUGAGCUGCUUCCGUGUCUGCGCCAGUGACACUCGUGCAGGCAUAGAGGACUCUAAGAAGUGGGGCAUGCUGUUUCUGGUGAACCAGUUGUUUAAAAUCUACUUUAAGAUCAACAAACUCCAUUUAUGCAAACCGCUGAUUAGAGCCAUCGACAGCUCCAAUCUGAAAGACGAUUACAGCACUGCACAGAGAGUGACGUAUAAGUACUAUGUUGGGCGCAAGGCUAUGUUUGACAGCGACUUUAAGCAAGCCGAGGAGUACCUGUCCUUUGCCUUUGCACACUGUCACCGCUCCAGCCAGAAGAACAAAAGGAUGAUUCUGAUCUAUCUGCUUCCGGUGAAGAUGCUGCUGGGCCAUAUGCCAACCAUCGAGCUCUUGAAAAAGUAUCACCUCAUGCAGUUUGCGGAAGUCACCAGAGCCGUAAGCGAGGGCAACCUGCUGCUGCUCAACGAGGCGCUGGCCAAGCACGAGACCUUCUUCAUCCGCUGCGGGAUCUUCCUCAUCCUGGAAAAGCUGAAGAUCAUCACCUACCGGAACCUCUUCAAGAAAGUGUAUUUGCUUCUCAAAACGCACCAGUUGUCUUUGGAUGCCUUUCUGGUGGCCCUGAAGUUCAUGCAGGUGGAGGACGUGGACACCGACGAGGUCCAGUGCAUUCUGGCCAACCUGAUAUACAUGGGUCACAUCAAAGGCUACAUAUCGCAUCAGCACCAGAAGCUGGUUGUCAGCAAGCAGAACCCGUUUCCCCCGCUGUCCACGGUGUGCUGAGUGUGCAAGGGAGCCCUGAGGACGGCAGAGCACUCCUCCUUGGACUGCAGUGGCGCCCGCGAGGCGAGGCCUGUGUCACGGCCUGACUCUU